UUUUUUUUUUUUUAAUUUAAACAUAUAAUAAUGGAAACAUUUAUUGGUUAUAUUAAAACACCUCAAGAUGCUUUGAUUAUAUUUGAAGCUUGUAGAAGAAAUAAACUUAUUCGAGUUCAAAGACGAUUAUCAACUAGAGAAAGAUCGCAGAUACGUUCAGGAUCUAUAUUUGCUUGGGAUGAAAGAGAAGCUGGUAUGCGUCGAUGGACAGAUGGACGAACAUGGUCUCCUAGUCGAGUUCUAGGCAGUUUUUUAACGUAUCGUGAACUAGAUACCAAAAGAAGACCCCGUAAACCUUCUGUUAAUUCAUUACAACAAAACACAAAGGCCAGUCUGACAUGCUCUUAUAAAGCGGAUGGUCUUAUCAAACAAUCCUUUUCUAUCUGUACAGCCAAUAAUCAUAAAUUACAUCUUAUUUCAUAUUAUACCAAAGCCGAUGUUCUCGCAGGUCGUUUAAAGCGACCUCUUCAUGAUCCAUUUUUGAAUCAUAUUAAAAUCCCCAGAGGAUUUUAUCCUGAAUUAAAUCCUUUGGAUACAAGUGGAGGUCAUUCAGCUGCAUUACAUAACUUGAAAGAGACUUCAAUGGCCCUGACAUCCUCACCUUUAUCGGAUAUUGAAUUUCCUUCUCAUUCGCCACCUUCAUUGUCUUCCUCUCCUAGAACAUGUGACGAUGAUAUUAUCAUGACGGAUUUAUUACCAUCUCCUCAUCAUUAUUAUGUGUAUCACCAUCCAUCAUCAACAACAGCAGCAGCAGCAACAACAACAACAACUACUGCAGAAUACCCAUAUUUACCGAUAGCACAAGAUAUCGCUUGGGAGAAGGUACCUUCCAGUGAAGAUCAACGUCAAUUAAAGGCACUUCAAGAUUUUAUACGAUUAUAAAAGGAACCUUUCUCUUUCUUUUUUUUUUAUUGUUGCUGUUGUUUAUGAAUGUUGUUUAUUGUUCGUUUAUCCCCUUCUCUUUCAUUAAUAAAUAUAAUAUGCCCUUCCCCUAUUUUAUACACUUAUACAACUUAUUCCUUUUCUCUCUCUCUCUCUCUCUCUCUCUCUCCUCCUUUUUUAUACAUAUUUGUAUAUAAAUAUAAUUUGAUUUUAUAUAUAUUUAUAUUUAUAUAUUUUAU